UUGACAGAAGAGGUAAUUAAAAUUUUGAUUUUGGGUUAUUGUUGCGGUUUGUUGAAAAAUAUUGUAUUUUGACUAUAAUUCAUCAUAAUUUAAAGUAAACUACCUGUGGAAGUAAAAGUUAUUCUUUAUAGGGUUAAUAAAAUAUGUAAAAAACGAAUACUAAGACAGGUAUUAUAAAAUGUCUUUAGAACAGACAGCCUGUGAUGACUUAAAGGCUUUCGAAAGGAGAUUGACAGAAGUUAUAGCAUGUCUUCAGCCUGCUACUAUGAGAUGGAGAAUUCUCCUGGCAGUGGUGUCAGUCUGCACGGCCAUAGCAGCAUGGCACUGGCUCACUGACCCGCUCACCCCUGUGGUCUCGCUCACACAGUCACUGUGGAACCAUCCCUUCUUUGCUUUCACUUCUACAUUUUUAGUAUUAUUGUUCAUGAUGGGAGUACAUAGAAAAGUGAUUGCACCAAGUAUUAUAACAGCCCGCACUCGGUCAGUCCUAAAUGAUUUCAAUAUGUCUUGUGAUGAAACUGGGAAGCUUAUUUUGAAGCCCCGUCCGGCAAACACUUAAGAGUGGCUCUCAUUCCUCUGUAUAUAUUAUUUAAGUAAAAUAUUGUUUCAAUUUUGUUAAGGUGUUAAAAAAUAAAACGAAUUAUAGAGAGACUAUUUGUUUAUUAUUUAUAACUUUGGUGUGUUUUAUUACAUAAUAAAUAAAUGAAAACUAAGAAAAUAGGUCUUAAUUUAUACAUUUGAAACAAGUUAGUUAAAAACUCAAUCGACUUUAAAGUUUAAACCAUUCCAUAAUAAAGUACAACAGUUAGACUACAAUAUGCAUUACAUUUCUAGUAUAAUAUAUUUUGCUAAGUAAUAAUAAUAUUAUUAUAUAUUUAUUUUCAAUAAAGGAAUUUAAGUUUUAACAGAUCACAAUAGUUCAAAAGUAAUUCAAUUAUAGUUAAUUGAAGUAACUGCAAUAAAUUAUAUGAAUAAGUAGAUUAGUAGUAUAUUUUAUAGUUUCAGCAUUUUCAAUAAAUGGAUGUGAUUAUGCAAACUACAUCAAUCCAAUAAAAUUAAUUGGAAUUAUUUUGAUAUAAUAGUUCACUUGGAGACAAAUCCAAUAUUUGUAUUGGAUUUAUUUUUGCAUAACUAUAUCCAAUUUAAAUAGGUUAAAUAGCAAAGUAAAGGGUGUUUUGUGGAUGAUUUUAAAAAUCGACCAAUCGUUUUUUUUUAGGAGAGUAUAAAGUGUAGUUAAAAAAUGUUCAAGAAGUAUUUGAUGACUUCAAGAGAAAAGAGUUUUUAUCAAUAAAGCUUAAAACUAGAAUUACAUUUCACGCAACUUAAUAAAUUGUAUGCACAAAGCACUGCAUGUUUUAAUUUUAGAGCAGCAAAAACAAAUUUUGUGGCAAAUUAAACUGCCAAGUGGACCAGCUAGCUUUUAUGUAAAAAUCUCACGUUAUUAACAAUUUCAACAUUCCCAAAACAUUCAUGCGUAUAAACGAGCGGUAUUAUUAAAAUUUAGGUGUAGGUACAUAAAUAUAUUGCUUUUUCUUAUACAUUUUUUCCUGCAGGUAUUUUUAUAGUUUUUAAGCCUCAGUGAGUUUGUAAAUGUUACAAACGCACAAUUUGUAGGUAAAUAGGAAGUACCCUAUUUAAUUUUUGUAAAAAUUACAAAUACCAUCUUGAUUGAAGUUUUGCCUUAGUUUCUAUUUAUAUUUUAGCAUGUCCCAUUAUUUUGAUUUUCUUUUCAAAAAAUUUUGGUAUAAACUUUGAUUAUAUUAUGAAUCGGGCAGUGUUUUUUAUAAGAACGUAUUUUUCCUUCAAUUCCUCAAAAAUGCAAAUGAUACAGAGUAAAUUCUAAUUGGAUUCUAACAAAUGAAUACAUCAACAGUAAUCAAUAUUAACUACAUAUUCAUAUUAUAAACAACAAUAUUGUGCCAUCUGUGCAAGAAAUAUAAGUAGGUAACUCUACUUUUAUAAUACUUAAUAAAUCUACUCUAAGAUUUUAAUAGUUGUGCUAAGUUAAAUAAUUAUAUAAGGAAAUUUGAAUCAACUAAUAAAUAUUUUUCUAGUAAGUAAUAUAAAGAAUUAGUUCAAGUAUCUACUUUGUAAAUUGUAAAAUAAGUAUAAAAAGUUUACAUAUUUUUUGUAUACGUUUAUUUUGUGGUACAACUUUUCUUUUGAUUUCACUACAAUUUUAGUGUCAUUUGAAUAUAUAAGAGCUAAAUUGGCGCUAGUAGACGACAAAAAGUCCAUAUAUUUUCUCUAUAUAACUUCUGUAAAUCCAUAUUAGCGUUUUAAGUAAUAAUGCAUGUACAUCAUAUUAUGGGACAUUUACUAAUUAUAUUAUUAUGUAGUAGGUUUUGUGCAAUACAAUACACACAUUAGCGUGGAAGACUUAGGCUAGUUAAACAUCAAUAUAGUUUAGUAUAUUUAACACAAAAAAUAUUUUCAAAAUCAAAGUGACACUAGAAUUUUUGAGCGUGUACAGCAGCUAUUAAUUUUUUCCUAACACAAACAUUAUUUUAAAAUUAUUUAUUUUUAUCUACAUAAUUAUUUUAAUUUUGUUAACUAAUUAAAAAAAAUGUAAACUGUAUAUAUGCUUAUAUCCUAAAUAUUAUCUUACGCCAAUUAAUAAUAAUUAAUCAAACAUAUAUGUAUAAAAGUUCCAUUUUAAAAUAACUUUGAUAGAUUUAACAUCAAGGCAGUGGUACAUGCAUAAUUUUAUCACUUAACAUUCAUAAAGGCAUUAUCAAAUAACUCGAAUCCUGAGAAAAUACAUGCUCAAAUUGCUUAAAGCUACUGCAAUAGUUAAAAAAAAGAAGGAAAAAAUUAUACUUAUUUGUUACAAGCACUGCUUCCCUAUCGUAUUUCAUCAUCCAUAUUUUAAUCGGAUUUUUUCAUUCAACAGUUUUGAGAAAUUUCCUGAAGGUAAUAAUAUUAUGUAUUUAAGUAAGUAUAAAUAUUUUUUAUAAGUGUUAAUCGAUUUCUUUUUUCACUAUGGGCUAAGUAUAUAAAAUUUUCUUAAGUGUUCUCAAAAAAUUUCAGCGGGUAUUUUGCCAGGUUCGCAUAAUAUAAUAGGUAUGUAAGUAGUUUUAUUUUUUCACCUAAAAUAUAGUUUGUCUAAAUAAUUGUUUAUCUACGUAUAAAAAAAUUUACCAAUUCUCAGGGUCCAGUCUCGCUAUAUUAAAUUUUUAAAUCACAUGAAUAAGAGAACUAAUAAAAUAUUUAUAAUUUUUGGAAUAAUCGGGGCCUGAUUUUGGGAUAUCUUAUACUAAAAUUAUGAACAUAUACCUAAUAUAAAUGAACACGCGCAAACCAUCUGAAUUCGGGGUCUUAAUAAAAUUUUGAAUCUUUUGUAAUAUUACUUACCUUAAAAUAUCUAUUGACCAAAUAUUUUAUAUUGCACAAUUCGCUAUCAAUACUAUUUAAAAUGUCAAGGCAGUUCCGUUUUUUUUAUUACUAAAUAUUAUUUAGUUAAUACUUUCUUAAUGGAUAAAUAUAAUAAUAAUUAUCUUCUUAUUAUUUUAAUGUUUAAAAACUAAUAUUAACUUACAAAGUGACUUUGAAUAAAUUCUGUUACACCCGAAUACUAAAGAGCGCUUUACAAUUUAAGCGCACGUUAAUAAUAAUGAAUUUUAUAAAUUUUAAAAUUAUAUAAUAAUGAAUGAGGAAAGAAGUCAAUGAUUUUUGACUUUUUUUGUUUGGACAAAAAACUUUAAUUAUAAUUUAAGGUGCGCUUAAAUUUUAGGAAGUGUUUCCAUAUUCGGGGGUUAAUAUUACCGACAUACAUACACACCUACACAUAUCUACAUACACCUUGCACACGUGUGGGGUAAGGGAAAGAUUUCUCAAAAAUAAAUUUGCAGAACAUUGCUUUUCAAGCAUUCGGCUAAGU